UAUAAACCCCGCGGCGAAUCCCCUAUUCACUAGACCUUGCCAUUUGAUCUUUUGGGAGCAUUGAAUGAACAAAAAUACCAAGCACACCUACGGAAUCCGCGACCAUGGCAGCGUCAAACUACACGGGUCCCAUCUUCUGGAGCCAGGAGGAGGCAGACGCCUAUGUGAAUGAGCUGAACGAAGAGUACGAGCGGUCGGGAUCUUGCGAACAUGACAGCCAGAUCUGUAACUUCAAGUAUGCAUCUGUGGUCGGAUGGAGGAACAGGGCGAACGUCGCCUAUAAAUGGACGUUGAGAGCGGAUGGUUGGUUCAAGGCCAAAUGCCAGUCACACUGCCCCAAGGGCGAACUCGGCCUGGGCUCGUGCUGCGUCACCUUCUCGCCAGUACUCCACGAGUAUCAGGCGGAGUGUGGGCCUUGACAGAGAUGUCAGUGCUGGCCGAGGAGUUCAAGGGGUUUCUCUUAUUUCUUUUGUUCGGUUUUUUUUUGGGGGGGG